AUGCUAACAAAGUCUUUUCAGUAUUGUCGUGGGAGCCUUCCUGAACAUGUUGAGUGGUUACGCUCAUGGCUCUGUUGUGUAGAUGAAUUAUGCAUAGUUGUUGAAGAGCACUUUCCUUACGGUUUAAAAUGGAAUUAUAACGGCCCAAAACUACCAUUACCUACUGUUGAAAUACGUCCAGUUCAGUGUUUGCAAGAGAGUCGUACUAAUGCACAUGAAAAAACGUCAACAAAGGCUUCUCAUCCUAAAUUAUCAGUACAGUCACAAUUGAAUCCAGUUGAUAUAAACAAGUUGUUUGCUGAAUUAACAAAUGCUCAUAAACAUUUACGUCAUGUCAGUGUACCAGAUAUGCUUUGA